AUGUCAGAAGAUUCAGACUCCAAGCACUACUGCUUUUCAGUAGUGGAGGACCAAGAUGGCCGCCGGGCGUCGCGCUGCCCCGUGCCGAGAGGGGCCUCCGGCUGCGGCUCGGUGGCGCAGCUGCAGCGGAUGAGCGGCUACGGCCAAGGCGGGCCCGAGCUGGGCCUGCCGUCGGAGGGCAGCGACAGCAGCGGCCACGAGCCUUCCCCGGCCGCCCCGCGCAAACUUCGCAAGAGUUCCCGUUCCCUCUCGUUGCUGGAGGAGGACGUGGAGAUGAAGAGCAGCGGCUCCAGCGGCAGCGGGACCGAAUCGCACGGCAACAGGAGCCGCGGGAGCAACGGGGGCGAGUCGAUGGGCAGCUCCAACAGUAACAGCAAAGAUUCCGCCCUGUUGGAGUCUUCUGUAAGCAACAAGAGCUCAAACUCCCACAGUCCGUCUCCCCCCAGUAGUUCAAACGCCUUCAGUUUGCUCAGCUCCGAGCAGGACAACCCUUCCACCAGCGGUUGCAGUAGUCAAGAAUCAGCCAAAGCCAAGACUCAAAAGGAAGUGCUGAAGACCCUGAAAGAGCUGAAGCUCUACCUGCCCGCCGAGAAGAGGCACGGCAGCAAGUCGUCCACGUUGAACACGCUCAAGUAUGCCCUGCGCUGCGUCAAGCAGGUGGAAGCCAAUGAGGAGUAUUACCAACUGCUGAUGACCAAUGACAGUCAACCUUCUGGCCUGGAUGUGUCGUCGUACACCAUCGACGAGAUCGACAGCAUCACAUCGGAAUAUACGCUCAAAAACAAUGACAUUUUCGCAGUGGCCGUGUCUCUCAUCACGGGAAAGAUCGUGUACAUUUCUGACCAAGCCGCCUCCAUCCUCAACUGCAAAAGGGACGUGUUCAACAACAGCAAGUUUGUGGAGUUCCUGAUCCCGCAGGAUGUCAGCGUGUUCUACAACUUCACCACGCCGUACCGGCUGCCCUCCUGGAGCAUGUGCACUGGAGCAGAGUCUCUUCCGCCCGACUGCAUGCAGGAGAAGUCCUUCUUCUGCCGUAUCAGUGGCGGAAAGGAGAGUAAAGGCGACCUGCAGUACUAUCCCUUCCGAAUGACUCCUUACCUGAUGAAGGUCCAAGUCACGGCGCACGCCGAGGACCAGUUCUGCUGUCUCCUCCUGGCCGAGAGGGUUCACUCGGGUUAUGACGCACCCCGGAUUCCGACAGAUAAGCGCGUCUUCACUACGACGCACUCGCCAAGUUGCGUGUUCCAGGACGUGGAUGAACGAGCGGUUCCUCUCCUGGGUUACCUCCCACAGGAUCUGAUUGGCACAUCCAUCCUCCUCCACUUGCAUCCCAAUGACCGAGCCAUCAUGCUGGCCAUCCACAGAAAAAUCCUCCAGUACGCCGGGCAGCCGUUCGACCACUCGUCGGUCCGAUUCUGCGCCCGCAACGGAGAAUACGUCAUCCUGGAUACCAGCUGGUCCAGUUUUGUCAAUCCCUGGAGUCGCAAGGUCUCCUUUGUGAUCGGGAGACACAAAGUGCGAACGGGCCCCGUCAACGAGGACGUGUUCAUGGCCCCGCUCACUGCUGGAUCCGAGUCAAAGGCCAUGGACUCCGACAUCCAGGAGAUCACUGAGCAGAUCCACAGACUCCUCCUGCAGCCGGUUCAUAGUAGUGGGUCGAGUGGCUACAGGAGUCUGAACAGCAGCGACCACCUCCUGGGCAUGACCUCCUCUACCGAGAGCCUCAACAACGGCAGCAAGUUCCAUCAAGAAGACAACGAGGAGGAAGAAGUGAGCAGCAAAGCCCGGCCGAGAACCUUCCAAGAAAUCUGUAAAGGAGUCCAUCUUCAGAAGCACCAGGAACAGUGCAGGAAAAUGAACAGCACGGAGUCUGACCAGAAGAGCCCGGCAGUGGUGCGGCCCAAGGACUUGUCAGGCCUCCUCAGCUGGAAGGAAAACGUCACGCCGAUGGAGGAGAGCAAGUCCUCCUCUCAGGAGGAGAUGCCGCUCAACGACCAGAAGGUCUACUCCUACCAGCAGAUCAGCUGUCUGGACAGCAUUGUCAGGUACUUGGAGAAUUGCAACGUUCCAUAUGCUCUGAAGAGGAAAUGCCAAUCAUCCUCAAACACUACGUCUUCUGAUGAAGACAAACAUCAAAUCUGCACCACAAUGCAGGCCUCUCAAGAACCGGCCUUGUUGAAGGAUCACUCCGGUCACUCCGCUUUGGACCCCCCUGAUAAAAAGUCCAGUGAUGCUGCCAGAGCGGUAGUGGGCACUUCGCUGCCCCUGCCUUUACCUAACAAACCCGAAAGUGUGGUGUCCAUCACCAGCCAGUGUAGCUACAGUAGCACCAUAGUUCAUGUUGGCGACAAGAAACCUCAGCAAGAAUCAGAGAUCACAGAGGAUGGGGCGGGUGAGGCAGCAGAAUGCGCCCACAACCCGCUACAGACGGCGCCGCCGUCUUGGGCCUUUUCGCCUCGCGGCCAAGAGAGGGAGUCGUACAGGAAACUGGGUUUGACCAAGCAGGUUUUGGCGGCCCACACGCAGAAGGAGGAGCAAGCCUUCCUCUUUGGAUUCAAGGAACUGCGCAAGCUCACCGCCCUCAAAGCCAACUGUUCGCAGUACCUGGAGCGCCACAGGGAAAAGAACACCAACGACGUCGUUCCGGGUGCUCAGCGUGCAAAGCGAAGCGGCCCCGGGUCCAAGCUCAACGCGGGGCAGCGCGCUGCGCGCAACAGAAAGACCAAAUCCAAGCGAGCCAAGCAGACCGAGUCCUCAGACAGCACCGCGUCUUAUCCGAGGCAGCAGCAGCGAGGUCCUCCCCUGAACCAAGGCCUCAACCCCACAUCCUGGUCUGCUUCGGACACGUCUCAGUCCAUGUUCCCUGCAGCCUUCCCGGGCUUCCCCCUCCAGGUUUUCCCCAGAGAUCCUUCGGUGGCGGCCCUGGUGAAUACCCCCCUGCAAGGCUUCGCUGACAAUCAAGGGGCUCCUCCUUGCCCGCCAGGGCUCGCUCACUCCCCCUACGUAGCACCCAUGGUCGCCCCCAUCAUGGCUUUUGUGCUACCCAACUACCUUUACCCGGCCUUGGGCCCCGGACCUCAGCAACCGGCGGCGUACCACCCCGAGAUGGGCCAAGCCACCUUCCCCGGGCAAGCCGCCAUCAUGACUCCAGCCCCAUUCAACCCCCAGAUACCCUAUCCACCCCAAGUGGGCUACGUGACACCAUCCUUCUACUUCCCCCCGCCUGCUUCGGAAGCUCCCAAAGUCCCGGCGGAGGGCCAGUCUCGCGCCUCCACGCCGCAGUCCGCAUCGCCGCCACUCUUCCAGUCUCGCUGCAGUUCUCCUCUGAACCUCCUGGAGUUGGAGCUCUCCGGAGACCGGCAGGAUGGCACAACGUUGCCCCCCGGAGGUCAAGGCGCCACCGAACGGGAGAAAGCGGCGGUCGGGAGCCAAACCAAAGAGCUGAAUCAGCCAUCUCUCAGUCUCCUUGGUCCGCCUGGACCGUUGUAUUGCGAGGGCACGAUCCAUGUCUGUGAGCGUUUGUCUUGGGAUAAAGGCAUGUUCUCUUCUAGGCUGAGGGCUUGCAGCAGUCAGGCGAGCUCUCGCGGUGACUGCAACAACAGCGACAACACCUCGUUGUCCAGCGACAUGCUGGACAUCAUCCUGCAGGAGGACUCGUGUUCGGGCACCGGCUCGGCCACCUCGGGGUCCGUGCGAUCGCGCUCCAACGGCUACGGCACCUCGGCCAGCGGGACCUCCAACGGCCGGACGUCCAACAGCGGAACUUCGGCCAGCGGGGCAGAUAGCAACAGCAGCAAAUAUUUUGGAAGCGUGGACUCGUCACAGAAGAGCCAGAAGGUGAAAGGUCACCCGGACGACAGCGACAACGUUCUCCGAGACCCCCUUUGGCUCCUCAUGGCCAAGGCUGACGACAAAGUCAUGAUGACCUACCAGAUGCCCCCGCGCGACAUCCAGAAAGUUCUCAAGGAGGACCGCGAGAAGCUGAGCCUGAUGCAGAAGAGCCAGCCCAGUUUCACCGAGGAGCAGAAGAAGGAGCUGAUGCGGGUGCACCCCUGGAUGAAAAAGGGAGGGCUGCCCAAAGUCUUGGAUGUCAAGGUGUGCUCGUGUUGCGACGGCGCCAUCCACGUCCCGCCCACAGGUGACCUCUUGGACUUAGACCUGGUCGAGCAGGACCCCCUAGUGGAGGGGGGCUCCCAGAGUACCCCCCGAGAGGAUCCCUCCUCCGUGGUCGACUCCUCCGUGGCCUCUCAGACUCAAACAAGUACUUUUAGUUAAUCCUAAAAAGGAUGUCUUGGACUCAACUUGAAAACCUACAAAAUGAAUUCCUUGUACAUAUUGUGAAUAUUUCACUGGAAUAUCGUUUUUUUUUUUACUUUUUAAAUGGCUCAAUUUGAUGUGUGAACGCGAGAGGAGCGUUAAAACAACAAUCACUGAGUGAUGACUGCAAUUUUGUUGUCUUAUGUUUCGCCCUGCUUUAUUUAAAAACAAAAAGUGCCGUUGUUUUUACGUCUGUUUUUUGUCAAGCACUGAAGAAGAGACACAAAAAGGGAGCUUCAACCCAGAAAGUGAUAGAUGAGUCCAUUUUUGAGCCAGAUUGGGUUUUCUUGGACCCAACUGCAUUUGUGAUGUGUAACAAGACUGUCUCUGUGGAACGCACAAGCGCACUUUGGUGAGUGAUGUUGGAGGACCGUUGUUUCUGUGUAUCUUUGCUGCUUUUGCACUCUGAUAGUAAAUAAUGUGAGAUAAUGACUACUUA